GCGACUCCGAGUGGGUGGGAUGUUGCGCGCUUGACUUCUGACUGGCCGAUCUUGGAGUUCCAAAAAGAAGAAACGUUUCUUUCCCCGAAACACGCGCACGUCAAGCCGCUUCUAGUCAGUCAUCUGGUAUCCGCGCGUUCCCGUUCGCGUUCGACGACAUCAAGUGGGAAAAUCGCUCGCUUUCGUUAUCAGAUCGAGAGUGCAGUCGCACGUUGCGCGCCGCAUUGUGUCACGGUGUGUAUCGUGAAGGGAGAGAGAAAGAGAGAGAAGCAUCGACCGAGGUCGCCGUCGCGGAGAGAAAGGAAAGGCGAAGAAUUAUAUAUUCGGACAAACAUGGCCACUGCGAUCGACGACCGGCAGGAACUAUUGGAGCAAUUUCAAGCGAUUGACGCGAACGGAGAUGGCUUCAUCAACGUCACCGAACUGCGCAGCGCACUGGACGUUUGUGGUUUCAAGAUGCCAGGCUACAAGGUGCGUCAGAUGAUUGAGGAAUAUGAUGAUAAGCAGCGGCUCGAGCACAGAGGUCGACUUUCCUUCGAUGAGUUCGAGAAACUCUGCAAGGAGCUGAAGGCUAACGAACUGGGUUCUACGUUCAAGCACGUUGUCUCCAAAAAGGAGAAUCUGGAAACUUUAGGCGGAAUUUCCGAGGCAUCCAGCCAAGGUACCACGCAUUCCGUCAGGCUCGAGGAACAAUUAGCGUUCAGCGACUGGAUCAACACUAAUCUCUUAUACGAUCCCGACCUGAAGCACCUUCUCCCUAUCGAUCCCGAGGGAAAAACGCUUUACGACAAGGUCAAAGACGGAAUACUACUUUGUAAAAUAAUCAAUCAUUCCUGCCCGGACACCAUCGAUGAGCGCACGAUUAACAAGAAGAACUUGACGUUGUACAAGAAGCACGAGAACUUAACGCUAGCGUUGUCUUCGGCUCAAGCGAUCGGCUGCAACAUUAUCAACAUUGACGCUCACGAUCUCACAAAAGGUUCGCCCCACUUGGUGCUGGGGUUGCUGUGGCAGAUCAUCCGAAUUGGCUUGUUCAACCAGAUCACCCUCGAGAAUUGUCCCGGCCUCGCCACGCUUCUACAAGACGGCGAACGAAUCGAGGAUCUGCUGAAGCUAUCUCCGGAGUCGAUUCUUCUCAGAUGGGUGAACCAUCACCUGGAGAAUGCCGGCAUCGCCAGGCGGUGCAACAAUUUCCAGUCCGACAUCACGGAUUCUGAGAUUUAUACCUACCUUAUCAGGCAGAUCGCGCCCAAUACGGCUGGCGUCACCCUGGAGGCCUUAAUGGAACCGAAUCACACGUCCAGAGCGGAGAUCAUGCUUCAGCAAGCAGCUAAACUCGGUUGUCGCAGCUUCGUGACUCCUAACGACGUCGUCAACGGCAUCUACAAACUCAAUUUAGCCUUCGUCGCCAACAUGUUCAACAAUUACCCCGGAUUGGACAAGCCGGAGAGCAACAUCGAAGGUUUGGAGUCUCUCGAGGAGACGCGGGAGGAGAAGACCUAUAGAAAUUGGAUGAACUCGAUGGGCGUGAUGCCUCACGUCAACUGGCUCUAUUCGGAUCUGGCCGAUGGUCUGGUCAUCUUCCAGCUGUACGAUAUUAUCAAGCCAGGCACCGUGAACUGGAACAAGGUGCACAAAAAGUUCACAAAGCUACGAAAGUUCAUGGAGAAGCUGGAGAACUGUAAUUACGCCGUCGAGUUGGGCAAAAAGAUGAACUUCUCGCUCGUGGGUAUCGCCGGACAGGAUCUCAACGACGGAAACGCGACUCUGACAUUGGCUCUCAUAUGGCAAUUGAUGAGGUCAUAUACACUGUCAAUUUUGACAUCUCUGGCUGGUACUCAGGCAAGCGUCGAGAAAGAGAUCGUCCAAUGGGUAAAUUCCAAGCUUCAAAUGGCCGGGAAAACCAGCAGCAUCAAGGGAUUCCAGGAUUACUCGAUAUCGGACGGCAAGGUUGUCCUUGAUCUAAUCGAUGCCAUCAAACCCGGCUCGGUGAACUACGACCUCAUUAAAGAAGGCGGGACUGAAAAGGAGAACCUGGAUAACGCUAAAUACGCGAUAUCCUUAGCGCGAAAGUGCGGCGCGCGUGUCUACGCACUUCCGGAAGAUAUCACCGAGGUGAAGCCGAAGAUGGUGAUGACGGUGUUCGCCUGCCUGAUGGCCAUGGACUACAUCCCGAAUAUGGAUUCAGUGAAAAAUCAGGCGAAUAACGUGAACGAUGGUCAAUAAUGUUGCGAUUUGGAGUCCUACCUAUUACUAUAUGUGCCGUCUAUCUUUUGUACACAAAAACUUUUGAAUAGGUCGUCUCGCUUCGGGCCUCUUCCACGAGCGUAACACUUGUAUAUACGUAGUUUAAGUUUAGCUUGAGAAGAUCGGUAGUACCAGGAAGUAUUCUCUCUCUAGGAAAAGUCGACGAAAGACGAGAAGUAGAAUUUGGUAAUUCCGUUCGGACGAAUAUAGUCGCGCGAGAUAUGGAAAAAUCGUGUGUUUUUGACGAAAGGAGAAAUUAUUUUACCGUAAAAACUUAAAUAUUUCUUGACUCUAUAAAACAUAAGUAUAUAAAAUAUCAAGAUAAAAUAGCGUGCAUUUGUGAUACUUUCAAUAUAUAUACAAUUAUUGCAGAUUAGACAUUUUCUCCUGCAAUAUAAACUACCGAAAUUUGAAGUAAUUUUGAAAUAAAUGGAUUUUUACAUUAAGUAUAUGAAAUAAGGUGACCAGACAAUUUUUCAACUACUAAAGUAUUUAGGAUUUAUAUCGACACUUUUGUACCCUCUUCAGAAAAUGUAUUAUAUAAGGUGUGUGCAAAUUAUCACUCGCGGAUUGAUGUUAUUUUUAGUUUUUAAUAUUUUUCUAGUAAAUAGUAAUUGAUUGAUUGUCGUUACUGUAAUAAUGUGGGAUUCUUCUUCUCGUUUUUGCAAUCAUCAUUUAUUUCCGCUUUACUACUUGUGUUGCGUCAUUGUAAAAAAUCAAUUUUAUACUAUAUAAGCAGGCAGAUAAGGCACACACUAAAGAAAUCACAUCGAGAAAUAUUUACAAUAUAUACCGAAAUAUUUUGAAAGAUAAAUAUGCA